UCAAUAUUUACAGGCCGCCCACCAUGUCCAGCGACAGGCAGAGGUCGGACGACGAGAGCCCGAGCACCAGCAGUGGUAGCUCGGAUGCCGAUCAGAGGGAUCCUCCAGCACCUGAACCUGAAGAGCAGGAAGAACGGAAACCUUCUGCGACCCAGCAGAAGAAAAACACCAAACUCUCCAGCAAAACUACUGCUAAGCUAUCUACUAGUGCRAAAAGAAUCCAGAAGGAGCUAGCUGAAAUAACCCUCGAUCCUCCCCCUAACUGCAGUGCUGGUCCUAAGGGAGAUAACAUUUAUGAAUGGAGAUCUACUAUACUCGGACCCCCAGGUUCUGUAUAUGAAGGAGGUGUUUUUUUCCUGGAUAUCACAUUUUCAUCUGACUAYCCAUUCAAACCACCAAAGGUUACUUUCCGUACCAGAAUUUAUCACUGCAACAUCAACAGUCAGGGAGUCAUCUGUCUGGAUAUUCUGAAAGACAACUGGAGCCCUGCUCUGACUAUUUCAAAGGUUCUGCUCUCCAUUUGUUCUCUUUUGACAGACUGCAACCCUGCUGAUCCUYUGGUCGGAAGCAUAGCCACUCAGUAUCUGACCAACAGAGCAGAACAUGACAGGAUAGCCAGACAGUGGACCAAGAGAUAUGCAACAUAAAUGACAAACUACUUGUGCAGUGUGAAGGUGCAGAAGGCAGCUUUACAGUGUGCAACAGAUCUUUAUAGCCUUUACAAUACGGACUUCUGUGUAUAUGUUAAACUGAUUCUACUCUGCUUUUAUCCUUUUGAAGACUGGGAUACUGCCCCCAAAAAGGUAAAUGCUGUCAAGAGUAGAAAUUUGUAGCUGUAGAUUAGUUAUGUUUAAAAUGCCUACUUGCAAGUCUUGCUUCUUUGGGAUAUCAAAAUGUAUUUUGUGAUGUACUAAGGAUACUGUUCCUGAAGUCAACCAAAUAUUAUAGUGCAUUUUAGCCUAAUUCAUUAUCUGUAUGAAGUUAUUAAAGGUAGCUGUAGAUUACUAGGAAUUAUGUCAUUUGUAUUAAACCCAGAUCUAUUUCCAAUAUGUGGUACAUGCUGUUGUGAAAACUGUUUUAACUUUUACCUUUGUCAGUUUGUAAUGAAAGGAUUUCCUUUUUCCCUUUGUAGCUCAGAGAGCACCCAGUGUAUCAUCUCAAACACAAUAAACAUGUUCCCCAAGGAGCAGUUUCUUUGUUUUCCUAUUUUAAAUUAAUAUUUGAAUAAAUUUAAUUAUAGUAACAAGGCAAGGCCAUUGUAUCCCAGAUCCCUGUGGGUAAUCUUUAAAUUAAUACACAUAAGCAAAGGCUUGCUAGUAAAUGUUAAUGCACACCCGUGGAUYGUUUAAAUUUCCCCUGCUUUUCUUUUACAGAACAAAUGUCGUUUCUACCAUUUCCUUAAAUUCCGUGCUGUGGAGCUCUCGCUCGCUCUCUCUCGCUCCCUCUCUCUCUCCAGAGGAGGAGGAGCUGGAGCUGGAGCUGCCCCGCUCCUGCCAGGGCCCUGGGAGCCGCUCGCCUCAGGGUGCCAGGGUGCCUCAAUCUUGCUGCAAACUUUAAUUCCACAGGACUAGGGCAACGUUACCGAGUCUGGUGCUUUCAUUUCAGAUCAGAGCAAGUGUGACUUGCCARUCUGGAGAAUUACAAUUGUCCAUUGAAAAUGGUCUUCCAAAGCACGAUUGAACACUACUCUAUCAUCUGUCCAGAAAGAAAGGAAGGAUGAGAAUAAAUUUAAUUACAUUUUUAUGACAUAAAAACAGUUGUGGGGGAAAUAACUUUGUUAGUGAAAAUGAAAUGUGUAAGACUUUUGGACUACUUUUUCCUCCCCCUUCUUCUCUUUCUGCCUUGAAAAUUUUGUAACAUCUGUAAGUAACAAAGAUACAGCUUUGUAGUACACAUACUUGAAAAAGCAGAGUCACUAGUAAUUUUAUAAUUUAAGCUUUUGUAGGUUGCCAGUCACAAUAUUGAUUAUAAAAAGAACUUUUGAUCCCUUUAAAGGAUUUUUAAAAUUACAGCUAAUUUCAAUCUUUACUCUCUCUCCCUUAUCACCUGGCGUUUUUGGAGAUCCUGUAGCACUUCCAUCAAUAAGAAGCUCUGUGCAUUUAAUAUAUUGAAAACUGAAUGUUAAGUUUAAAUAUUAAAGCAAUAGAAACUGUUGAAAGAUCUAAAUCUAAAAUUAGCCAUCACUAAUGUAGAUCUGCUUUUGUAUCAGAUGACCUUUGAGCAUGAAUCGUCCAGCCUACUUUCUCCAGAUUGCUAAAGGUGGUUUGAGGAACUGUGGAUCCCAAGUAUCUCCACCUAGAAACCAAUCCCUCUUGAUAGCUACAGGAUAGCUCUAGAGGUCAGGGUGCAAAAGGGAAUGAGAAACAGGAGAUCUGGCAGGUCCACACACAUGCACUAGGUAACAGCCUA